CUUUUCGCGCCACUACGGUUGGAGUAGCGCAGUGCGCACUCCCCUUGCUCUAUAUAACCCGUCCCCUACUCUGCUCUCGCUACUUUCCCCUAUUCCUUAUUGCAAUGGCGGACGGUCACUUGUUCAACAGUAUCUCUCUUGGUGGCCGUGGAGGAACCAAUCCAGGGCAACUUAAAGUUCAUUCAGGUGGGGUAGUAUGGAAGAAACAAGGAGGUGGCAAGGCUGUGGAAGUUGAUAAAUCUGACUUGUUGGGCCUUACGUGGAUGAAGGUUCCGCGAUCUAAUCAACUUGGAGUACGGACCAAAGAUGGCUUGCAUUACAAAUUCACUGGUUUCCGGGAUCAGGAUGUUGCCACUCUGACUGCGUUUUUCCAGUCCAAUUUUGGGACAACACCAGAGGAGAAGCAGCUCUCUGUCAGUGGAAAAAACUGGGGAGAAGUUGAUUUGAAUGGGAAUACACUUACUUUUCUUGUGGGAAGUAAGCAAGCGUUCGAGAUAUCUCUAGCGGAUGUUGCGCAGACCCAACUUCAGGGAAAAAAUGAUGUUAUGUUGGAAUUCCAUGUAGACGACACAACUGGUGCUAAUGAGAAAGAUUCAUUAAUGGAAAUAAGUUUUCACAUCCCCAAUUCGAACACUCAAUUUGUUGGGGAUGAAAGUCGUCCUUCUGCUCAGGUGUUUCGAGACAAGAUUGUCUCAAUGGCAGAUGUUGGAGCUGGAGGUGAAGAAGCUGUUGUUACUUUUGAUGGAAUUGCCAUACUCACUCCUAGGGGACGAUACAAUGUUGAGCUUCAUCUCUCAUUUUUGCGUCUCCAAGGACAAGCAAAUGACUUCAAAAUUCAGUACAGCAGUGUUGUUCGCGUUUUUUGGUUGCCUAAGUAUAACCAACCACAUACAUUUGUCGUUGUUACUCUUGAUCCACCAAUUAGGAAGGGACAAACUCUAUAUCCACAUAUUGUGAUGCAGUUUGAGACAGAUGCUGUGAUAGACACCACCUUAUCGAUGAGUGAAGAACUUUACAAUACGAAGUAUAAGGACAGGCUUGAGCCAGAGCAUAAGGGACUCAUACAUGAGAUCUUUGUUACAAUUCUGCGAGGGUUAUCUGGGGCAAAAGUUACUAAACCAGGGAAGUUCCGUAGUAGUCAAGAUGGUUAUGCGGUGAAGUCAUCACUUAAAGCUGAAGACGGAGUUCUUUAUCCACUUGAAAAGAGCUUUUUCUUUUUACCUAAACCACCCACUCUCAUUCUUCAUGAGGAGAUUGACUAUGUGGAGUUUGAGAGGCAUACUGCUGGAGGUUCGAAUAUGCAUUACUUUGAUCUUCUCAUCAGACUUAAGACUGAGCAGGAGCACCUUUUCCGAAAUAUCCAGAGAAAUGAGUACCAUAAUCUCUUUUCAUUCGUCAAUGAUAAAGGUCUGAAGAUCAUGAAUUUGGGGACUGAUCAGGCUACGGAGGGAGUUGCAUCUGUUAUUAAUGAUAUUGAUGAUUCUGUCGACCCACAUCUUGAAAGAAUCAAGAAUGAAGCUAUUGGAGAUGAAAGUGAUGAGGAGGAUGAGGAUUUUGUGGCUGACAAAGAUGAUGAAGGCUCCCCUACUGAUGAUUCUGGAGGAGAAACUGAUGCCAGUGACAGUGGAGAUGAGAAAGAGGCACCCAUGAAAAAGAAAUCCAAGAAGGAGCCGUCUGCUUUGAAGGCGUCAUCAAGUAGAAAAAAGACCAAAGAUGACGAUGAUGAUGGGUCAAAGAGAAAGAAACAGAAGAAGAAGAAGGAUCCAAAUGCACCAAAGAGGGCAAUUAGUGCCUUUAUGUUCUUCUCCCAAACAGAGAGAGAGAAUGUGAAGAAGAGUAAUCCAGGAAUUUCAUUUACAGAAGUCGGGAAGGUACUUGGUGAAAGAUGGAAUAAGAUGACAGCUGAGGAGAAAGCUCCAUAUGAAGCAAAAGCCCGGGCCGACAAGAAACGGUAUACUGAAGAAAUCAGUGGCUACAAGAAUCCACAAACCACAAAUGUAGACUCUGCAGAUGAAUCUGAUAGUGCUUAGGCAUAACCAGGGCUUUAAUUAAUUGUGAUACAGUCAGAAGAACAUAAUGCUUCUUAAUAGAUGUCAUAGUACAGGAAUAUCUGAAAAGCAUUUGGACAAAUCUUUCUGUGAGAUGUUAGUAUGAUCGAAAAGGAGACAAUGUGCAGGAUGUUGUAUCUUAUGGUUAUUUGUCUUCUGGGUACAAUUGUAGCAUAGCUGUGCCUGUCUCCAACUGGCUGACAGGUACUGUUACUAC